CGGCCCUCGGCGUGCCAGAAAUACCCUUAUCAGAAACGGAGCAUGCAAAUAGGAGAGGCGAGCGGGAUCACCAGGCACAAUAGGAGAGGCGGGGGUGGCAGCUAGCCGCUCCUGAGCUGCGCUUAUCCGAGGAACAACCUGAGAAAAAGAAGCUAGAAGGAACUGGGGCGGACUGAAAGGGCUGUAGCUGGCCGGGUUGUUGAAAUGGCAAGUUGGGACUGAUCUGAGGAGACGCGGGUCCGGCAGGUGUUCCUCCAUGAGGAGCCGCCAACCUGGAAGAGAAGGCGGCGAAGGCGGCGGACUCCGGCGAUGACCCAGCUAAGCGAGGUCCCGACUUACACACCUGCCAAUACUGUUCCUAUGGACAGUAAUAUAGUGGCCAUUAUUAUAGCUACCACAGUCUCUUCCUCUGUGUUCAUCGUGGCCAUUUUGGUGCUGCUGCUCCUGCUGUACCACCGGGACCCUCUGUGCUGCCAAUUUCUGUGCUCUUGCAGACUCUUCCAGAGCCCUAGUCAGUAUGAAUGUCCUCCUCCUUACUUCAGCAGCAAUCAGCGACUGGUGGGACCCCAGUCUGGAGCACAGCGGCUGGAAACAAGCGCUGCUGAAAACCCUGGUGUCCAGGGAGAUGAAUUAUUCUGUGUUGGAAGCCCCAGUAGCUAUCAGCUUCCACCAUGGGAACAGCCUCACCUACCAAGCUAUGAGAGUGUACGAAAAAAGGAUCGGCAACGGGAGAUCCACCAGAUGAUUGCUGAAAGAUUUGGCUUAUGGGCAGAAAUCUCUCAAGAGUUACCGCCCCCUUAUGAACAGGCCCUGAGGUAUCCUGCCGCACGAACUGGAACAGGCGAGUUGUCAUCAGCAGGGCAGAGCUUGCCGGAUAUGCUGCAGGCUUCUCCCACUUGCCAGACUCAAAGGAACACUUCGGUGUAGGCUGGGAAUCAGCCCUCCAGUCUCCCAUGGCACAGACUGGGCAACGCUUUCAUUUCUGCAGGGCAGCCGGCCAAACCUUGAUGCCAAGGAAGCGGAAUGAAACUCUCCAGCACUGUUGCAAAGCAAGCCAUGCUCCCCUCCCCUGCCCUACAACAGUUACAGCUUUGGGACUGCUGUUUAGGACUAAUCCCUAAAGACAAAAAGUUACACGUUCUAAUGGAACAAAUUGCCGUGGGGAAGUUCUGAUCAGCUUCUCUCUUCCUCUUUUUUACACAUCCUAACCUGAAGAAGCUUCACCAAGAACAAGCUAGAGCAGUGUUUUUCAACCUUGGCAACUUUAAGAUGUGUGGACUUCAACUCCCAGAAUUCCCCAGCCAGCAUGGGUGGCUAGGAAAUUCUGGGAGUUGAAGUCCAAACAU